GGGCGAGUGAGUGAGUCAGAGUAAGUGAUAAUGGCGUAUGACCGUAUGGUUCAAUUGUUGUGGGUUCUUAGUUUAAAUUGAGACGUGAAAUCAUGUUCGUACUCAGUGGUUCAUUCGCAAAAGCGCUGAAAGUGAUUGUUUUCCUCAGCGUAAUGAGCUCCGGUUUAGUGGCAUUUCUUCCGGAAGAGGACGUUUUUCAACGAGCUGCAACAAAUAAUAACGAUAUUUGGAUAUCACAAAUGGCUAAUUGCUUCACAAAUGACGCCAUCGUUGGUUCGUCGCUUAAGGUUCAUGAGAGCGCCUGUCAGCAGUUGAAAGCAGUAGCCGAUUGCUUAUGGAAAGAAAUUGAGAGAUAUGACAUUCUAGUCAGUUUUCGGUCGGAAUUGCAGAACAUCUUAACUGGUGCCGUUUCAAAAACUCAGAAAAAGCUCUGCACAGACGAAAAAUCAACGCCUUCUAAAUCUUAUCCACGUCUUUGGAAUUGUGAACAGCAGUUGUCCACCAUUUUUGAACAUUGUGUCAAUCAGCUCAUUAAUCCACCGAUGAAUAUUUCUUUCAAAGAAUACAGUUUCGUCGAAUGUCACCGCAUCUACUCCAUGCAGCACUGCAUUGCGCAAGAGCUCCUACACUGCCGAUCCCCGAUCUUGCUGGACAUCUUCAGCGGCUUCCAACGCAACCUCCUGACUAAAACACCAUGCGUCGAGCUGGAGAACGCCAACGAGCCUGCGUAAGAUUUGGGUCAAACACCUGCCUGCUCCUUUCGCUAUGUACCUUCCAGCACUCGGUUCGAUUCUGUCCCAAGAUUAUCAUAAAUAAACGCUGCUGACAGAAUGCGUUCAAAGCUCCCCUCACCGACAGCCGCACCUCGCUGUCGGGGUCCGAUUGAAUUAUAUAAUUAACACCCAUGUGCCGCCGUGAUCCGAUGUCGAUGCAUUGCCAACAGUUGGACCUGAUGGCAGAUGUAGUGCGAUUUUCCGCGGAAUUGCAACUGCUAGUCUUAGGUAGUUAGUAACUAGGCUAGUGCCAAAUCAACCAACCAGCCGUUACCACUGCACUGAAUGUUAAAUGUUAGAGAUAAUCUGCUUCGGGCGAAAGCUCGCCAACCAAUAAAACAGACAAAUAAAGUGACUUUUACGCUCGUCGAUCAUAGGCCAAGUUGCCGCUGCCGCAGCCUCACACACACCGGACGCCCUCCGGGGCCCAUCGGUCCACGCGGAAUUAUGACUUGCCAAUUGUCACUUUGACACAUUGGCCACCACACGAUUGAUGACGUUUUGCCUUCGGGGGCUUCUGUGGUAACUACAUUCGCGAUAGUCGUCCUCCUAUAAAGAAACCACCGGCGAAUGCGACACUAAAAUAAACAAUAAAUUAUGGGGUCUUUGCGUGGCAUGCGUACGUUUAGGUACGUACAAGCUGGGUUGGAACUUCAAUCCGACUAGUCCGUGUAGCAACGAACGAACGAACGUACCUCCGUAAGCUCGUAAAACGUAACGGAAAUCAAUAAUCAUCGCCCCCUGCUUUAAGGGUAGAACCGGUCCGAAACCAGAUCACUCACAACACGACCGAGGG